CGUUGGUGACGCGGGGCGCUCACGUGACGUGGAGCUGCAGAGCGACGCAGCCUUCGGUGCAGUCGUCACUCCCGUCUGGGUACCUGCUCCCCGGUGUCCUGCGCCCCGCGGGCUGGCGUCAGGCCCGAGGAAAGCGGAGCAGUAGUUCCGUGUGGCACUGUUUGGCGAGGCAAGGGAAGAAGGAGAGAAGAAAACUGCACGGGAUCUGUGGAGGUCUUCUCGUAGGCCUACAGUAGGGCUGUUUACCACUGGAAGCCAGGGAAAGGGGAAGACUGGCUUGGAACCAUGAAGGUUGGUUUGAAGGUGGGCAGCACUUGAGGAUAACAAGAGGAUCUGCCUGCAGGUCUGCUGUAGGGCUUGAGAUUACUGGAAGCAAAGAAACAAGGACGAAAUUGCCCCUGAUCAGUAUAGACUGGUCCACAGAUCUCAUGAGUUAAUAAGAUCUACUUUAGGGUAUAUCACCAAUCAAGAGAAAGAAAGAGGAGGGAACUGCCUUGAUCAUUACAGGUCCACCUCCAGUGGCAGCUGUAGUGGCCUUUAAGUGGCUGAAGACCAGCGCCCUCAGAGGCCUACACCCAGACCUACACCCUCUUUCCCCAUCCUGACUGAGCCCUCAUACCUUGUUUGUGCCUUCAGUAGGGGUGAUUACAUGGGUCGCAUUCAGGAAGUGGGCUGGGUGACUGCAGGACUGGUUUUCUGGGCUGGCACCUGCUACUACAUUUACAGAUUAACCAAAGGAAGAGCCCAGAGUGUGAGGAGACUUGGCAGAAAUGGGUCCAGAGUCAAGAUGGAGGCUGUGGCUGGGGUGCAGAACCAGACCUUGGCCACGAGUGAAGCCAUGGUUGGGAUGAAGACUGAGACUAGCCCCAAGGCCAAGACUGGAGCAAAAACUGAAGCAGGAGGUAGGGCUGGGGCUGAAGUAGAGAUUACCACCACUGUUAAAGCCAGACCCAAAGCCAUCUCUCAGGCCAAGACAAUGGCUGAGGCAGAGGCAGAGACCCAAUCUGAGGCCAAAGCAGUGGUCAGAACAGUGGACAUGACAGAGGCAAUGGCUCUGGCUGAGGACCAGGUCAAAGCCGGGGAUGUGGCUAUGAAAGAGGCCGUAACCCAAACUGACUCUGAGGCUGGGAGAGUAGUCAAGAAAGAGGCUGUGACCCAGACCAAGGAUAAAGCUUGGGCACCAGUUGCCAGGGCAGAGACCAAGAAAGAAGUAAAGACCCAGACCAAAGUGGAGGCUUGUAUACUGGCUGAAAAAGAGACGAACAGAGUAAUGGUGACACAGAGUGAGGCCUUAGGAUUGAUCAGGGAAGUAGCCAAGAUGGGUGCCAUAAAUAAGACUGGAAUUGUGGCUGAGACCAAGGAAAGAGCCCUGGCAGGGACUGUGAGUGUGGUCAAGUCUCAGUCUGAAGCCAGGCCUGAUAACAUAGUUGAUGCUAAAGGAAAUCCUAAUACCGUGUCCAGGGCAGAAGUUGGAGUGGACAUGAGGUCCUGUGCACCAUCUCAGGCUGUGACCAAGAUCCAAGUCACCAACAUGCUUGGUUCUGGGGUUGAGGUCAAGGGGAAUCACAAAACCGGGUCUUGGGCAGAGUCUAGGGCAGACACAAGGGUUUCAGUCCAGCCUCAGAUUAUAGCUAAGACUGAGGCUGAGGCUAUGCUUGGGGCAAAGGUUGAUUCUGGGUGUAAUACUAAUGCCAUGUGUAAGGCAGGGGCAGGAGCAGAUAUGAGAAUUUCUACACAACCUCAGACUGUGGCCAAGAAACAGGCUGAGGCAGUGUUUGGUGCCAGGGUUGAUGACAAGGGGAAUACCAAUGUCACAUCUAAGGCAAUGACUGGGGCUAACAUGAGGGCUACUGCUCAAACUCAAGCUAUAGCCAGUGCUCAGGCUAAGGCUAUGCCUGAUGCCAGGGUUAAAGGUAGAGGCAAUUGCAAUGCUAUGUCGAUAACAGGGGCCAGGGCAAACUUGAAGGCCAAUUCCCAGGCUGAGGCCUUGCCUGAUGCCAGGAUUAAGACCAGAGACAAUGCCAAUGCCAUGUCUAAGAUGGGGGCUGGGACAGAUGUUGAGCUCUGUACACAGCCUCAGACUCUGGCCACCGUCCAAGUUGAUGCAUUACCUGAUGGCGGGAUUAAGGCUAAAGGUAGUGCCAAUACCAUGUCUAAGGAAGGGCCUGGAACAGACACAAAGGCACAGUCUCAGGCUGCCACCAAGAGCCAGGUUGAGACCUUACCUGGUACUAGAGGUAAGGCUAGGAGAAAAGCCAAAAGCAAGUGUAAAGCAGGAGUUGGGAUAGAAAUGAAAAUGUGUGUGCAACCUCAGGUUGGGACCAAGACCCAAGAUGAUGCUUUACCUGAUUCCAGGGUUGAUGGCAAGAGUGAUCCUAGUGCCAUUUCUAGGUCAGGGGCUAAGGCAGAACCAAAGACCUGUGGUCAGCCUCAGACUAUGGCCAAUUCCCAGGGUGAGGCCUUGCCUGGUGUCAAGAAUAAGGUCAGGAGCAAUCCUAAUGCUAUGUCUAAGUCAGGAACUGGGCCAGAUGCAAUGGGCUCUGCCCAGCUCCAUGCUGUGACCAAUUUCCAGGUUGAAGCCUCACCUAAUACUAAGAAAAAUGUCAGGGGCAGUCCCAAUGCUAUGUCUAAGAUAGGGACUGGGCCAGAUUCAGUAUGUUCUGCCCAGCCUAAAACCGAUACAACAGGCUUUGCUCAGCCCCAGACUGAGGCCAGUUUCCAGGAUGAAGCCUUGUCGGGUACUAAGAAUAAGGUCAAGGACAAUUCUAGUGUUUUGUCAAAGACAGGGGUUGGGCCAGAUACAGUGGGCUCUGUCCAGCUCCAGGUUAUGGCCAAUGUCCAGGGUGAAGUCUUAUCUGAUACUAAGAAUAAGGUCAAGGACAAUCCCAAUGCUGUGUCUAAGGCAGGGACUGGGCCAGAUGCUAUGUAUUCUGUCCAGAGUGAAACAGAUACAACAAGCUCUGCUCAGCCCCAGGCUGUGGCCAAUUCCCAAGGUGAAGCCUUGCCUGGUACUAAGAAGAAGGUCAGGGGCAAGUCCAAUGCUGUGUCUAAGGCAGGGGCUGGGCCAGGUACAGUGAACUCUGCCCAGCUCCAGGCUGUGGCAAAUUCCCAGGGUGAAGUUGUGUCUGGUACUAAGAAUAAGGCCAGGGGCAAUCCCAGUGCUGUGUCUAAGGCAGAGGCCAGGGCAGAUUCAAUGGGCUCUGCCCAGCCUCAAACAGAUACAACAGACUCUGCCCAGUCCCUGGCCGUGGCCAAUUCCCAGGGUAAAGCCUUGCCUAGAAUCAAGAAUAAGGUUAAGGGCAGGUCCAAUGCUGUAUCUAAGACAGGGGAUAGGCCAGAUACAGUGGGUUCUGCCCAGCUCCAGGCUGUGGCCAAUUCCCAGGGUGAGGCCUUGCCUGGUAUGAAGAAUAAGGUCAGCAGCAAUUCCAAUGCUGUGUCUACAGUAGAGGCCAGGACAGAUACAAUAAGCUUUGCCCAGCUUCAGGUUGAGUCUAAUUCCCAGGGUGAAGCCUUGCCUGGUACCAAGAGUAAGGUCCGAUGCAAUCUUAGUACUGUGUCUAAAGCAGAUACUGGGCCAGAUACAGUGGGCUCUGCCCAGCCACACACUGUGACCAAUUGCCAGGGUGAAGCCUUGUCUGGUAUUAAGAGUAAGGUCAGGGGUAAUUCCAAUGUCAUAUCUAAGGCAGAGGCCAGGGGAGAUAUAACAGGCUCUGCCUGUCCCAAGGCUUUGGCCACUUUCCAGGGUGAAGUUUUGUCUUGUACUAAGAAUGUCAGGGGCAAUCCCAGUACUGUGUCAAAGGCAGAGAUUCGGACAGAUACAAUGGGCUCUGCCCAGCCUCAAACAGAUACAACAGGCUCUGUGCAACCCCUGGCUGUGGCUAAUUCCCAGCAUGAAGUCCUAGCUGAUACUAAGAGCAAGGUCAAGGGCAACCCCAGCGAUGUGUCUAAAGCAGGGAUUGGGCCAGAUACAGUGGACUCUGCCCAGCCCCAGGCUGUGGCCAAUUCCCAGGGUGAAGCCUUGCCUGGUGUCAAGAAUAAGGUCAGAGGCAAUUCCAAUGCUAUGUCUAAGGUAGAGGCCAGAGCAAAUACAACAAGCUUUGCCCAGGCUCAGGCUGUGUCUGAUUCUCAAGGUGAAACCUUGCCUGGUGCCAGGAAUAAGGUCCAGGGUAAUGCCAGUGCUGUGUCUAAGGCAGGCACUGGGCCAGAUAUAAUGUGUUCCACUCAGCCUCAAACAGAUAUAACAGGCACUGCCCAACCCCAAGCCAUGUCUAAUUCCCAAGGUGAAGUCUUGCUUGGUGCCAGAAAUAAGGUCAGGGACAAUCUCAAUGCAGUAUUUAAGGUGGGGGCUGGGCAAGAUAUAGUAGGCUCUUUUUCACCCCAGGCUGUGGCCGUUUCUCAGAGUGAGGCCCUCCUUGGUGCCAGAAGUAAGAUUAGGGGAAAUGCCAAUGCUGAGUCUAAGGUAGAGGCUGGGGCACAUAUGACAGCCUCUGGCCAGCCUCAAUCUGUGGCCCAUUCCCAGAGUAAGAUCAUGUCUGAGAAAAAGGACAAGGCUGUCCCCAAGUCUGAAGCAGAAGCCACAGGAGAUGAGGCCUAUGCAAAGCCCAAGGCUGAGACCAUGGCCACUCCUGAGAGUGGGGGUGGGACAGGCACUCAGGCCUGCAGAAAGACUCGGCCUAGGGUUCAUGACUAUUACUGGAGUGAGAUUGGUAUUGAGGAUUGGAUUGCUUCUGAGCGAUGGAUCAAAUUUAGGUUUCAGGCCAGGGAUGGAUAUUGGGAGAAUAGCAUGUCCUGGGCUGAUGAUGAGAAUGAAGCCAGUAUUGAGUCCUGGAGUGGGGCUGGUGAUAAGUCUGAUAUGAGGUCCUGGGCUGGGGCUAAGGCUGUGAAUGAAGUUGGUUUUCCAUCCUGGGCUGCAGCUGGGAACCAGGCCUGUGGGGGGCUUUUGUUUGGGAGUCAGGCCACUGAAGAGUCCUGGGAUAGGAGCAAGGCCAGUGGGGGUUCUUUGUUAGAGGCUGAGGACAUGGCCAUUGGAGGGUCUUGGGCUAGCACUGGGAACGAGACUAUUGGGGAGCCCUGGGCUGGAGGUCAGGCCAGUGGGGUGUCAUGGACUGGGGAACAUACCAUUGGAGGGUCCUGGACUGGAGUUGAGGAACAGGCCAGUGUAAGGUCUCAGGAUGGGGCUGGAAUUCAGGCUAAUGGAGGGUCCUGGGCUGAAGCUAGAGCUGGGAGUGUGGCUAGUAUUGGGUACUGGCCUGGAGAUAUGGACCAGGCUAGUGCAGGGUACUGGGUUGGGACUGGUGAUCUGUAUGGUGAAUCCAAGCCUAGAUUUGAGGAUCAGGCCAGUGAAAAUGUGUCCUGGGCUGGGGCUGAUGGCCAGUCCAGAGGAGGGUCUAGGCUGGGGCCUGAGGACCAGUCUGGUAAAAAGUCCUGGUCUGACACUGCAGACCAAGUCACUGGAGGUUCCAGGCUGGGGCCUGUGGACCAGUCUGGUGUUGGGUCCUGGGCUAGGGCUGGGGAACAGGCCAGUGGAGGAGUCUGGGUUGGGACUAUGGAACAGUCCAGUAGGGGGUCCUGGGCUGGGACUGGCGAUCAGUCUGGUGGUGAGUCCAAGCCUAGAUUUGAGGAUCUGGCAAAUGUAGAAGCAUCUUUGGCUAGGGCUGGUGGCCAGGCUGGUGGAGGGCCUAUGUUGGGGCCUGAGGACCAGUCCAGUGGAAGAUCCUGGGCUGACUCUAGGGACCAAGCCAAUGGAGGGAUCUGGGCUGUACCUGGGGAUCAGGCUGAUGGUGGGACAAAGCCUAGAUUUGAAGAGCAGGCAAGUGGAAGAGGGUCUUGGACUGAUAAUGAGGGACAGGCUGGUGGAGGGCCUAAGCUAGGUCCCAAGGACCAGUCCAUUGGAGAUUCCCAUCCUGGCAAUAGGGACCAGGCCAGUGAAGAAUGUAGGCUAGGGCCUGAGGAUCAGUCCAAUGGAUGGUUCUGUGCUUGCAGUGAGAGUCAGGCCAAUGCAAGAGGAUCUGGUGGCCAGGCUGUUGGAGGAUCUAGACUAGGGCACAUGAACCCAUCUGGUGGUGGGUCCUGGGCUGAUAGUGGGAGUCAGGUCAGUGGAAGUUCUUGGGCUGGGGCUGGAGAUCAGGCUAGUAGCUGUCCCAAACCUGGAAUUGAGGAUCAAGCCGGUGGUGGAGAGUUCUGGUCUGGUGCUGAGGACCAGGCUGUUGGAGGGUCUAAUCCAGGGCCUGCAAACCAGUCUAGUGGUGGGUCCUGGUCUGGCACUGGGAGUCAGGCCAGUGGAAGGUCCUGGGCUAGGGCUGGGGAUCAGGCUGAUAGCUGUUCCAAAUCUGGAUUUCAAGACGCAGCCAGUGGAGAAGGCUCCCAGGCUGGCACUGGGGGUCAGGCUAGUGGAAAAACUUGGGCUGGGUCUAAGACUGGUAACGAGGCCAGUAGAGGGUCUAGGCUGGGGCCUGAGAACCAGGCAAGUGGAGGGCCCUGGGCUAGGACUGGUGACCACCAGGCCAGUGUAAGACCCCAGAUCAGUGCUGACAUGGAGGUCAAUGAAAGAUCCUGGUUUGGAACUGGGAGUGAGACUAGUACAGAGUCCUGGUUCAGGAGAGGGGAAGAGGCUGGGAUUGUGUCCAAACCUGGAGGUAAAAAUGAGCCCAGUAUUGAAUCCAGAUCAGGGACUGAAGAAAAGGCCAUCAUUAGUUCCAGAUUUGGGGCUGAGAAUAAGGUCAAUAUUGGGUCCUGGAUCAGAUCUGAAGAGGCGGCCUGUAUGGAUUCCUGUGUGGGGGCUGGGGCUGAGGCUGGGGCUGGGACAGAGGUCAGGAAGGAGUCUUGGCUCUGGGAUGGAGAUGCAGCCACUACAGGGUCUAGGCUUGGGGCUGAGGAAGAGCCUUGCAUAGGGUCCUGGACUGUGGAUGAGGAUGUAGAUGAGGAUGAGCUAAGUAGAGCAUCCAGCCCUGAUAUUGAGGAAAUCAGUUUAAGGUCCUUGUUUUGGGCUGAGAGUGAGAAGAGUAAUGAGUACAGAUCCAAGAGGGAGAGGAAUGUCAGUUUUGAGUGUGGAGCUGGAGAUAAGGUCAGCACCAAGAAUAAGCUUGAGGCACCAACUACUGGUGGAGUUGAUGAAAGGUCUUGGUUCUGGAAUGGUAAUGAAAAUAGAAGUGAGGGCAAAUCUGCACCUAAGACUAAAGCCAAAAAGUCAGCCGAGUCAAGAGGCACAUACCCAUCCAUGGUCCCUGGGGCGGGAAUGGGGUCAUGGGCAGGAGCCAUGAUCUGGACAGAAAUGAAAUUUCCACACCCAGGUGAGCCCUGCUUCCCACCUGAAGAUGAGCUCAGAAAGCAGAUGAGGUGUGAGGAGAAAACUCAGCCCUGUACCUGUCGCUGUAAACGUGAAGCUAAUAUGGAUCCACGAGAGCUUGAAAAACUCAUUUGCAUGAUUGAGAUGACUGAAGAUCCUUCUAUUCAUGAAAUAGCCAAUAAUGCACUUUAUAACAGUCCCGAAUAUCCAUUUUCCCAUGAAGUUAUUCGUAAUGCAGGUAGAAUCUCAAUUAUUGAAAGCUUGCUCAAUAAUCCCUAUCCCAGUGUUAGGCAGAAGGCUUUAAAUGCACUGAAUAACAUCUCAGUGGCUGCAGAAAAUCAUAGGAAGGUAAAGACAUACUUAAACCAAGUAUGUGAAGACACGGUCACCUAUCCCUUGAAUUCAAAUGUACAGCUAGCUGGACUAAGACUGAUAAAACAUUUGACUAUUAUUAGUGAGUAUCAGCAUAUGGUUACAAAUUAUAUUUCAGAAUUUCUUCGUUUGUUAACUGUGGGAAGUGGAGAAACUAAAGACCAUAUUUUGGGAAUGCUUUUGAAUUUCUCUAAAAAUCCAUCCAUGACAAAAGAUUUGCUCAUUGCCAAUGCACCCACAUCACUGAUUAAUAUCUUUAACAAGAAAGAGACAAAAGAGAAUAUUCUUAAUGCUCUUUCACUAUUUGAAAAUAUAAAUUACCACUUUAAAAGAAGAGCAAAAGUAUUUACCCAGGACAAGUUCAGUAAAAAUUCCCUUUAUUUCAUAUUCCAAAGACCUAAAGCAUGUGCCAAGAAACUUCGAGUCCUAGCAGCAGAAUACAGUGACCCUGAGGUGAAAGAAAGAGUUGAGCUAUUAUUAAGUAAACUCUGAUUAGUUGUAUGUUCCCAAACAGAUCUGAGUAAUAUUUCAGUUUUCCAGUCUGGAAGUAAUGCACAUCCUAAAUUGCAUUAUAACUUCGAAACUGAUGUUACUUGUGAUGGUCUAUAGCUGGAUCACUUUAUGAACAACAAACUAAUUCAAACUUGUUCUGAAAAUACAUGUGCUGAUUAUUACCUUGUCUGAAAUGAGAUAUUUUUAGUAUGCUUCAUGAGCAGAAACUGACCUGAUUCUUCAUAAGUAAGGUAAUUUUUGGUCCUUUGUGUGGACUUAUGUUUAUACAUUUGAGACUAUUUUUAUGUUACAAAUAAAAUUGUGUGUUUGAAACAGAAAAAAA